CAAUAUAGCAUGCUGCGCGUGUUGCGCCCCCUUCGUCCACCACAGGCCUAGCCUUCUUUACACAGCCUGUCACCAUCCUGCUUGCCUUGUGAAUACGCAAAUGACGCACCGAUGCCGUACGUCUUUAAUGUUGAGACAGAGGGGAACAAACGUGACUGCGGUUGGAAACAUGUCGUAUAUAAAGUGCUCCAGAGAUCGCUCAAAAAAUCUUUCUUCAUCCACACUCCUGCAAAUCCACACUUCAAUCAACUCAACCCAACCCAAACAAUCCAUCAACAUGUCAGACCUCGGCCGCAAAGGACUCGGAGACCAGGUGAAGGAGAAGGCCACCCCAGACUCCCAGAAGUCCACUCUCGACAAGGCCACCGAGUCUCUCACCGGUGCCGGUGACCGCGCUGCCAGUGCCGUCCAGCCCAACUCCGACAAGUCGGCCACCCAGAAGCUUGGUGACUCUACCCGCUCCGGCACCGACAAUGCUUCCAACCAGGGCCAGGGCAUCCUCCAGGGCGCACAGGACACUUUGUCCAACGCCGGCCAGUCCAUCUCCGACACUCUUGGUGGAAAGAAAUAGAGGAUUCACCCUCUGAUCCAUCCUACUUCGGCU